AAGGCAACAGAUCAUUGAAGCAUAUAAAAAGAGCGUCUUCACCAACUCUCAGUCACUGCCAUCUCUAUGACAGUUUUGGACAGCAAUAAUCUUUUUUCUUUUCUGUGAAGUAAAUGCUGCCAAGAAGUACUCCUCUGGCAGCAUCUCUGAUUGAAUAUAUUUUAGCAACCGAACUUUGUCCAAAAUCAAGUUGAUCAAUCAAGAUUCAAGCAAAAGAAUGCAAGACCAGAUUGGGAUUCCGGCUUGCUUUUCAUCCGGUGAGAAGCUGAGCGAUGAUCAGGCUGCUGUGAUGAGGUCCGGCCAGAGCGUUUUCAUGUCCAUUUACCGUACGAAGAUUGCCGAUCAGUGCAGAUUGAUCACCAUCACAUGGUGCAAGAAUUUGAUGCUUCGUGGCCUCUCGGUGUCUGUCGAAGGCCCCCAAGGAGAGAACCAGUACAACUGCAAAGUGGAGCUCAAACCGUGGUACUUUUGGAGGAAACAAGGGUCUAAGCACUUCACGGUUGAGGGUAAAGUUGUCGACAUUUUCUGGGACCUCAAAGCGGCGAAAUUUAACGGCGAAACUGAGCCGAACUCUGAGUACUAUGUUGCCGUCGUCUGCGACGAGGAAGUUGUUCUGCUUGUUGGGGAUCUGAAGAAGGAUGCUUAUAGGAAGACUGGUUGUAGGCCGGCUCUUAUCGAUCCAAUUUUAGUUUCGAAGAAAGAGCAUAUAUUCAGUAAAAAGAAGUUCUCCACAAGGGCUAAGUUUUACGAGAAGGACGGAUGCCACGAGAUAUCGAUCGAAUGUAAGAACAGGAAUUUCAGCAGUGGGAGCAUCGGCAAUGGCAGUUCGCUAAACGGGAUCGAACCAGAAAUGGAGAUAAGGAUCGACGGGCAAUUGGCAAUCCAUGUGAAACACCUCCAGUGGAAAUUCAGAGGUAAUGAGUCCAUCUAUGUUAACAAGCUUAGAGUGGAAGUCUAUUGGGAUGUCCAUGACUGGCUUUUUAGUCCUGGCCUAAGGCAUGCAUUGUUCAUAUUCAAGCCGAUUUUGUCAUCAAUAUCCGUCUCCUCGGCAUCUUCGCCGUACGCAUCAACGCCAUUGUCAUCGCAGACGGAGAGCUCCGGUUCUGUGGAUGGGAUUUCCGCAAGUGGGUCCACAGAGUUUUGCUUGUUUCUCUAUGCUUGGAAGUUUGAGUAGAGGGAUCAUAUUAGGCCAAACUUGAGUGUAUUGUCAAGAUCCCUAG